CAUCACCUCUGCUUUGUGCCCUAGUCACCUUCACAACAACCACCUUUCUCUCCUCUAGCACCUUAUCGCCAGUGCACCCGACAAAAAGAACAGGGAUCGAACGAACCCUCACGAGCUUCACCUUCCGUACCCCUAUAUCCACAACUCGCCAGCCAAACCCCAUCCACCACACCAUGUCCUCCCCCCCACCCAACCGCGACCUCGAAGAAACCGCCAAAACCGCUCCAGAAGACUUCUACGCCCUCCUGGGCAUCACCUCGGACAGCAGCGACUCCGAAAUAAAACGUGCCUACCGCAAAACCUCCAUCCUCUACCACCCGGACAAAAACCCGGACGAUGCCACGGCGGCAGACACAUUCAUCCGUUUGGGCCUCGCGCGCGACAUUUUGCUGGACGUGAGGCUGAAAGCGAUUUACGAUGGCGCGAGGGUGAAGCGGAGGGAGAAGGCGUUGAGGGAGGAGAUGUUGGAUGCGAGGAGGAGGAAGAUGAAGGAGGAGUUGGAGAGGAGGGAGAGGGAGGGGGCGGGCGCAGUGGCCGGGGCGAAGAGGAAGAGGAUGGAGGAGAUGGAUGAGGUGGAGAGGAGAGAGGCGGAGAUUGCAAGGUUGGCCGAGGAUGGGAGGAGGAGGCGGAGGGAGGCGCAGGAGAGGUUGCAAAGGGAGAGGGAGAGGGAGAGGGCGGAGGCGGGAGCCGCGGGCGCUGCUGCGGGCGCUGCUGCUGCGGAGGCGACACAGGAUUCCAAAGACCCCGGUGCGAAUGCGAAGCCAUUACAAACAGACGGCAUACCCGAAAUCGACCGCACCAUCAAAAUCCGCUUCUUGCGCUCCGACACCGACGAAACCUCCACCUGGGACAAACCCACUCUCGCGACCCUCUUCUCCAAAUACGGACCCGUCGAAAGCGUCAUCGUGGGCAAGGACAAGAAGAUGCGCCUACCGGGGGAGAAGCACAGAAAAGUCGUCGCCAUGGUGUUCAUCGUGUAUACGCGUCUGCACCACGCGCAUGCCGCCGUCUUGGAUGCGAAGGCGGAUUUCCCCUUGCUGGAGAGCGUGGGCUGGGCGGGUAAGGAGCCCGAGAUUGUGUCUCCUGCUGUAGGCGGCAAUACAGUUGAUAACAACGGUAACGGAUUUAAUGCUAAUGGACACACUCCAUCCGCGCCGUCAACACCGCAGAAACCUUCCUUCCGAUCUUCCUUCAGCGCGAGUAUAGGAAGCCGUGGAAUCGGUGGAGGAGCAGCCAGUGUUCCCGGCACGCCGUCCUUCUCCUUCUCCUUCUCGCCCAAGACGCCCAACCUCGAGGACAUCACCAUGAUGAGGCUGAAGCAGGCGGAGAAGAGGAGGCUCGAGGAGCAGAUUAGGAGGCAGGAGGCUGCCGAGGAAGGCGAGAUAUGAGUUCUGGCCGGAAGAUAUAGCGUGUUUUUGAGUUUGAGAUACCCCCUCUGUCUUUGUGCUAGUACAUCACGUAGAAUUACCCUUCAAGAAGACGUUUCGAGC